AGCAGUCACUGCUAUGCUCCACUCAUCUCCACUUCUCUCUCCCUGCAUCGGCAUCCUCAGCAUCCUCUACACUCGAACUAUAGGCACUGGUGCAGUCCAGCGAUCCAUCUUUCCAUACAUCCCUUAUGCAUGUUUUGGCUAGUGCUGGAUUCUUGAGAGCAUCCACCUUCAGGGUUUUGUGCAUUUAUUAAUAACCAAGCGUGUGCGAGUUCAUCUGCAUGACAAUGUGUGAGUGAGCGGAGCCUCGUUUUGCACGGAGGAGCAUGUGUACAGAGUGAAAGACGGGAGUAAGGAUGCGUGGUGAGCAAGUGUUGUGGUGAUCGUGGAGUUUUUUUGGUGCAUAGUAUCGUCCUGCUGUCUCCUCUCCCAUUCCUCCGUUUUUGUUAUCGUGAGCCUUUUAGAGCAUCCUGCUGGGAUGUCCACAUUUCCUGGUACAACAGACGGGAGCCAAAGGAACUCUUUGGAGCUGGAUGUGGACCAUGCACAGAGGGUCCCUGGGGCUGAGCAGGGAGGCGUCCCACCCACCCAGGUGAAGCUGAAAGACAGGCAGAAGUUCUUUGAGGAGGCCUUCCAGCAGGACAUGGAACAGUACCUGUCUACGGGCUACCUGCAGAUCGCAGAGAGAAGAGAGCCAAUAGGAAGCAUGUCAUCCAUGGAGGUGAACGUGGACAUGCUGGAGCAGAUGGAUUUGAUGGACAUGUCCGACCACGAGGCCCUGGAUGUUUUUCUACACUCUGGGGGAGAGGAUAAUAGCGCUGCCUCACCUGUCACAGGUCCCGAUGUUGAGUCGUUCACCACAGAGAUCAGUCUCCAGGUUCCAACCCAGGCCGAGCUCCGCCACAAGCUCUCUUCCCUGUCAUCCACCUGCACCGACUCAGCCAGCCAGGACACAGAGGCCGGUGAGGAGGAUGAUGAUGAAGAAGAGGAGGAGACUGAGCAGGCAGGCGGAAGAGGAGGAGGGGGGGGGCAGAGGAGAAGGCCCCCAGUGGUGGUGACCCUGGAUGAGGAGGAGGUGCACCCUGACACAGCGCUGGUGGACAGGCUGAACCAGGAGGAGCAGACCAGCAAAGACUGUGAGGAGAGCAGGGGGAAGGUGUGAGGAGACAUGGACUCCAAACACAAACACACAAACAGCUGCCAAAUCCAACAUGUAUCCAGUAUGUAACAGUAUCAGCGUCAUUCUCUAACUCCUUCACAUCGAUGACAUAAUAUGAGACUUUGAGGUUGCACUAACUGCCACAUGACCUUGCCUUAUACGACCACAGGUGUGAAUUCUCAGUUCUAAUUGAAUCCCUAAUGAUAGGUCUGUGUUUCCGUGAGAUUAAUAUUAAUGACUUUAGUAGAGUUCAAUAUUUUUCCAAACAUUUCAAUAUUCUUUUUCUGUGUUUGUACAUGUUGAAAGCAGGAUAGGGAUGAAGAAAUGCAAAGGUUUACGGUGAAAUCAUCCAUUUUGUCCCUUUUGAAGUGUUUGCUUUGCUUUCCAGUAGUUUGUCAUGUUCUACUUUAGUAUUCACACUGCUGUUAGAAGUAACAGAAUGAGAACUUGCACGUGCGCAAGAUUUAGUAAUGAUAUUCAUAUUUAUGUCACAUGAAAAAAAGAAUCAUCAGGCCUUAUGCAAGAACCACUCACCUGCCAAAUUUGUUCUUAAAAGCCACUUAUAAGUAAGAAGUCAGAUAAGAAAAAUGGUUGCAUGAGUCCCUGUGUACCUUAGAAUACGUUAGGAUUGGGUUGGAGCAAUCCAGAAUAGACAAAACAUAGGUUCCAGCAGUGGUUUUUGCAUGCUUAGGAGAGGUGGGACAGUGAAGAGUUAGUCUGACAUCCUCUGUUGGAAUAGUCCUGCCAAUGGGAGACUAGUUCAGUCUGCAUUCUCCCACUGUCUGUGUUACAGUUUUCAUUACAUGAAACAACCUCUGAGCUGCAAGUUCACACUAAAAAUGUCAAAUUUUGAUGACGACUCAAAUUUUUUCACGUGGCAUUUCAUUUUGCAGGUUUUUAGUCACUUUAACUCCACAUCACACCUCUCUAUGAACAAAUGUUUCAACAGAACAACACUUAUCUGACACCAUUUUACAAAAGCACUGUGUACUGUGAUCAGUGCCACCCAGGACCCAACUGUGAUUCUAUUAAUGAAAUACAAACUAAAUAAACAAGCCAGAGGAUUUGUUUUUGAUAAUCUGCAAACAGUCCUACACAGUGCACCUUUAAAACAGCAAACUGAAGUCUCUGGGAUUAUAUCCAGUGAAUACUGAAUGGCUGAAAAUGGAAAAGAACCAUUGACUACAGUAAAUGAACAGAUAAAUCCUCACCUUACAGCUAACAUCAGCUGUAAGUUUCUUUGACAUUUACUCAGUUAACAGCCCCUAAAGACCAGAGAACUGACAGAAAGCUUAAAGGAGAGCAACAUGCACAAGUCAUGGCAGUUAACGCUCAGCACCCUAGUCUGUUGAGUGGCAGUGUCUAAAUAGCCAUUUGAUAAAACUACACAAUCACUAAAAGCAAAAUCAUCUUUAGAAAAAUCUGGGCUUUUAGAUCAAUGAUGUGCAGGUGGAGUUUUUUAUGACUUUAUUGUUAAGCUGAAUCCCCAAAGUGUCUACAAUACUCUGGAUAUUUAAAAUGCCAACAGGUUACGUACAUGUGUGCCAAAUGGGUUUGUAAACUUGGCCUAAAAUCAGAGAGAGGAGUGCUAGAUGGGUGAACUUCAGGUACAGGAAUAUGACUUGUGUUACACACAAACACACACAUGCAUCCACACACACACAGGAGAGUUCCCCAUCACCAUUCCUUUGACCAAUACAUGAGGGUGAACUUCUCCUUUUCCAAGAGGACCAAAUCCCUGUUUGGACUGUGUGCUAUGCACUGGACAAUGGCUGUAAGGUUUUACUGUAUCCACCAUCUUUUUGUACAGAAACGGUGACAUUUGUGUGAUGUGGCAGCAUUUACUUCCCUCCCUACAAUUUCUGACCAGCUGGUGGUAAAUGUUUCUCCCCUUAUUUUAAUUUCCAUCUCAGAAAAGGGAAAAUAACAUGAGGUUUUUAGUCCUGAGACAUGGAGACAGACUGUGCUGAAAGAUGGGAUGGUUUGUAUGUUUGGAGAAUAUCUAAGUGUGUAUAUGAAUUAUUAGUUAAAUGUUUAUAAUUGAAAAAUAAGGAAAAGCAAUACUGACGUUUUUUGCUGAGAGUAAAUGACUUUGAAGGCUGA